AUGGCCGCCCAAGAAACGUCGCAUCUCACUGAUCUAACCAAGCUGCAGCGCGAAGCAGACGGCAGCUUCAAGCGCGUUAACUCGACCUUUCGCAAUUUUAUCCAGAAGGGGGGAACGUUUGAGCCAGAAGAGGGUCGAUAUCACCUAUACGUGUCGUAUGCUUGUCCUUGGGCGACUCGCACCUUGAUCGCUCGUAAACUCAAGGGUUUAGAAACUAUCAUCUCUGUUACUGUCGUUUCUCCUCAUCUGGGAAAAAACGGCUGGCCAUUUGCGAACAUAGACCCAUUUCCUGGUGCUGAGGUUGACCCGCUCUUCAAUGCCAACUAUAUCAAGGACAUCUACUUGCGUGCUGAUCCCAACUUCUCUUCCCGCUUCACCGUCCCAGUCCUAUGGGAUAAGAAGCUGAAUACGAUCGUCAACAACGAAUCGUCCGAAAUCAUUCGCAUCUUCAAUUCGGCGUUCAACGACUUGCUUCCGUCAGAGAAGGCCACCCUUGAUCUGUAUCCUGAAUCUCUCCGUCAACAAAUCGAUGAGGUCAACGACUGGGUCUAUACGGAUAUCAAUAGUAUGCUCAAAAUAUGUCAGAUGGCGUUUACAAAGGGGGGGUUUGCCUCGUCCCAAGCUGCAUAUGAGACUGCUGUCAUUCGGCUAUUCGAAGCACUGGACAAGGUCGAGGUCAUCCUCAGCGGGCGAGAUUUUCUUGUUGGCGACACCCUUACCGAGGCAGAUAUCAGGCUCUUUGUGACCAUCGUUCGCUUCGACCCGGCAUAUGUUGGCCAAUUCAAGUGCAACAUCCGCACAAUCCGUGGGGGUUAUCCCGCUAUCGACUUGUGGCUUCGGAAGCUCUAUUGGGCCAAGAGCUUCCCGGCGUUCAAAGAAUCCACAUCCUUUGAGCAUAUCAAGGGAGGCUAUUAUGGCGCGCAACCCUUUAUAAACCCGACCGGGAUUGUUCCCGUUGGUCCUCUCCCACAUAUACUGCCUCUGUGA